UUGGUUAUUAACACACACAACAAUACGGAAGAACAAUUUUUUAUGCUUAAGGUUUUUUGGUAUAAAUUAGGAGGGUCCGAGCUAAGGAAAUCAUAACACAACUGCAGCUUGUUGAGUAAUCAGCCCACCACGCACUCAUCUAAAAUGUACAAGUUCGUCGUACUCGCCGCCACUUUGGCCUACGCUUCCGCCGGACUGAUCGCCCACCACUCCCCCGUUCUGGCCCACAGCGCCAUCGUAGAACCAGCAACUUACCACAAAAGUGUUCACUCCCAAACAAUCGUUGACCCCGGAACUGUUAAAACCAUCGUGGAAGCCGCCCCAGUUGUACACCAUGCCGCCCCCGUCGUACAUGCCGCCCCAGUUGUACACGCCCAACAUGUCGUACCCGUAGCCGUAUCAGGACCUGAAGUACACAAGACUGUCCAGGCUACCUCAAUUGUUCAUGGAGCUUCUCCAGUUGUACACUCUGCCCCAGUUGUACAUUCUGCCCCAGUUGUACACUCCGUCCCAGUUGUACACUCUGCCCCAGUUGUUCACUCUGCCCCAGUUGUACACCAUGCCGCCCCAGUAGUUGCUGUAUCCGGUCCAACUGUACACAAGACUGUCCAAGCUAGCUCGAUUGUGCAUGGUGCCGCCCCAGUUGUACAUUCCGCCCAUGUGUACCACGCUGCUCCAGUACAUUCCGCUCAUCUUGUACAUUUGCAUUAAGAGUGAUUUAUUAAUGUGUUUUUUGAAUUUAUUGGACAGUUAGAUAAUUAUUAAUUGUGAUUAAAUGAUAGUGCUUAUAGGAA